AAAGGAUCUGGUAGUGGGUGAACCCGGUGGCUAGCCUUCUAGUUUGGGAGAGUCCAUGGUGACUGCAUGAGUGGAGCCCAGCUGUGGUGCCCAGCAUGGAUGACUACACCGUCCUGAAAGUGAUCGGGGAGGGCUCCUUUGGCAGAGCUCUUUUGGUUCAGCAGAAAAGCAGCAAUCAGUUGUUUGCCAUUAAGGAAAUAAGGCUUCCUAAGUCUCUCUCUGAUACACAGAAUUCUAGGAAAGAGGCUGUUCUCUUAGCCAAAAUGAAACACCCCAAUAUUGUCGCCUUUAAAGAAUCCUUUGAGGCUGAAGGACAUCUGCAUAUUGUGAUGGAAUAUUGUGAUGGAGGAGAUCUAAUGCAGAAGAUUAAACAGCAGAGAGGAAAGUUAUUUCCUGAAGAUAUGAUACUUAAUUGGUUUACACAAAUGUGCCUUGGAGUAAACCAUAUUCACAAGAAACGUGUGCUACACAGAGAUAUCAAGUCCAAAAAUGUCUUCCUCACCCAAAAUGGAAAAGUGAAAUUGGGCGAUUUUGGAUCUGCACGUCUUCUCUCCAAUCCCAUGGCAUUUGCUUGUACAUAUGUGGGAACACCUUAUUAUGUGCCUCCAGAAAUUUGGGAAAACUUGCCUUAUAACAAUAAAAGUGACAUCUGGUCCUUGGGAUGCAUUCUGUAUGAACUCUGUACCCUUAAGCAUCCAUUUCAGGCAAACAGUUGGAAAAGUCUUAUCCUCAAAAUAUGUCAAGGGUCCAUCCGCCCACUGCCAUCUCAUUAUUCCUAUGAGCUUCAAUACCUUGUGAAGCAGAUGUUUAAAAGGAAUCCCUCACAGCGCCCGUCAGCUACCACUCUGCUCUCCAGAGGCAGUUUAGCUCGGCUGGUUCAGAAGUGCUUACCCCCUGAGAUCAUCACUGAAUAUGGAGAACAAAUAUUAGAUGAAACCAAAAUGUGUAAGCAUAAUACACCGAGAAAAAAUGAUCCUAGCAGAAUCAUGAUAGCUUUGGGAAAUGAAACGAACCUGAUGCAAGAGGAAAACAAAGGUAGAAAGUAUAACCAUCCCAAUUUAGAAAACACGAAUACAAAUUUGGGUGAAAGUGCGUUAAGGAGAGUAACCAGAGAGAAAAAAGAAUCAGGUAAUCUGUCAGUCCACUCCAUGAAAGGCAGUUCACCAAGUCCUCAGAGGCGGCAGUGGGAGAAAAAUGUACCCAGCACAACUCUUAGAGCUUUGGAAAAUGCACCCAUACUCACCUCCAGUUUAACUGCAGAGGAUGAUAGAGGUGGUUCUAUAAUAAAGUAUAGUGAAAAUAACACCCGUAAGCAGUGGCUCAGAGAGACCCCUGACACCCUAUUGAACAUCCUUAACAAUGCUGAUCUCAGCCUGGCAUUUCAAACGUACACAAUAUAUAGACCAGGUUCAGAAGGAUUUUUGAAAGGCCCCCUAUCUGAUGAAACAGAAGUAUCAGACAGUGUUGAUGGAGAUCACAAUUCUGUCAUUUUGGAUCCAGAGAGACUCGAACCUAGGCUGGAUGAAGAAGACACGGACUUUGAGGAAGAUGACGACGACCUUGAUUGGGUGUCAGAAUUGAGGAAGCGAGCUGAGUGGCAGGGUGUGUGCGAUGGAUAACGCCUGCCCGAGAGAAUGCUGGAGUCCCAUGGGAGAGAUGUUUCAAAUGAAGAAUUCAUGUUUGGAAAUAGAAUGAAGAGUGGGGAAUUGCCAAUACUUAAAAUUGCUCCUGAUUAGCAUCACAGUUUUAAAAAUGUAGAACUCCCAUGAGUGAGCACAAGUGAGAAGGUAGAGCAGACUAGUAUGAGCUUUGCAAUCUGAUAGAACAUAGGUUGGAUGCUAGCUCUGCCACUAACUAGUAAUGUGAUCGAUGGUAGGAAAUUACUUAACUUCUUUGACCCCAAAUUUUCUUAGUUAUAAAAUGAGGAUAA